ACUGAAACCAGUGCUGGGCGCUGGGAGCUAAUGGUGUGCUGCUCUGCGGUGCACGCUGCAUGCAGCACUGAGCCUUUUAUUUUCCUGAACUGUCGCUUUAAGAAGCCUUUCGGUGCGCAGAGGCGCUACAGCAGCUCAUCACAUGAUUCUUCUCUUGUGACAAUCCAGACAGAAAGGAAAAGCCUUUCUGAGUUCCAGCUGAGUUAGACGGCGCUGCGAUGACACAUUACUGUUGUAUCGGUACCAAAGGAGCAGCAGCGAGGAGGGAAAUGGAGUUAAGUUAACCACCAGCACGCCGAUCAGACCAUUCCUGUCUCUAAAGUGGACAUUUGGUAAACAUUUGGGGUUGUUGCGCCACCGGGGGACAAAGUUGGCGCAUGGAGAGGGACGAAGUUUCAUUUUUGCGCAGCGUCUUUUCUUUGUUUUCUUUGUUUUUGUCGCCACUGCGUGUUAAUCAACGUCUCACGGCUGUUUGGACAACAAAAGCUCACUAGCCGGAGUUCAGUUUGAGCCUUUUUUUUGUUGCUGGACAUCAAAUAUUUCACCAGGAGACAACUUGAGGACGCAUCACGUCGGGAGAGAUGGUGGACAGCAAACCUCUCCUCCAGGACAGACCUCCAGCCUACCAAGCCGUCCCGGGGGCUUAUGAGUACGGCCCCCAGCAGCAGCAGCAGCAGCCCGGCUAUGGGGCCAUCCCCGCCUCGGCCCCCCCGCCCUACCAGUACCCCGACGGCCAAGGUUACCCUUCAGCCCAGAUGAGUCCUGCCAUCGCCCAGCAGCCGUACCCCGGGACCUACACCAUCAUACAGCCGUCUGUGGUGGUGGUGGGGGGCUGUCCUGCCUGCAGAGUCGGUGUCCUGGAGGAUGACUUCACCUGUUUGGGGAUCCUGUGUGCCAUCUUCUUCUUCCCCCUGGGGCUCCUGUUCUGCUUCGCGCUGCGUCAGAGAAGGUGUCCCAACUGUGGAGCCACUUUCGGCUAGAGGGACCAAACCACAGCUCAUGCACCUGCUCCUGCUCCCACACACACACACACACACACACACUCUUGUACUUCUAUCUUUGUGAGGACCCUCAUUGGAAUAAUUAAUUCCCUACCAAGGUUAUAAUAGUUUUGGAUUUUUCUUUAGUUUUAGUUUAGUUUUUUAUUAGUUUUUUGUCUUUUUUAAUGGGGCAUUUGUUGGGUGGGAGAUUAAAAGAGGUCACAGUAAAUUUUGCCUUUAUUUCCUUUGUCUGAUCCAUCUUCAUUACGUAUGAAAAAAUGUUGAAAAAGACGAAAACGAAGGACAUUCUCACUAAUUUUAGUUAGUUUUGUAACCUCAAAAUACAGUUUCAGGUAGUUAUGAAUGAUCUUUUUUGAAACAUAAACCUAAUGUAACCUUUAACCCUUAAAACAAAGUCUGAAAUCUCAAAAAAGCCUUUAAAGUGAGGACCGGCCAAAAUGUCCUCACUUUGCAAAAAAGAUCCUCACUCUGUUGGUUCAAAACGAGUUCCGGUCCCCACAAUGUAGGAAGUACAAGAACACACACACACACACACAUAAUCCAGCAUCUCUGUCUUUUUGUUAUCUUUUCUUAAUAUUGCACAUUGCUGUUGCCAUUAUUAUGUUAUGUACAACAAAUGAUCAAUGAUAUUACCAUGAAUUAUGAUGUUUUAUUAGAGGCACGUGUAGAAAUCUAUUUUCAUCUGCUGGUUGAAGAUAUAUUCUGGCAUAUGUACGUGUCCAGCUGUUGUCAGUGCCUUCACUACAUGCUGAGUGAUCAUCAGAGGUUCCAUCAGUCAUGAUUUCUCCUAAACUAACAUGUAGUUUAGUUGAUUUAAGCUCAGUUAUCCGAGGAUCUGAGCAGAUUCCUUUAUGUUAUUUUCAAGCCAGAAUUAACAGAAUUAUUGGUUUGAGGGUUAUUUUUCUUCUUCUCUUUUGUCUUUGCUGGCACACUGCAUACAUAUUUUGUGCUUAGUAUCAUUGUACUCAACACAGCAUCCAUGUAGAUCACUGUUGUAUUAGCUUUCCAGAAAAUGUAAACCUUUUUUUUGAACUGUUUGUUUCUCGACUCGCUCUUAAAAAAGAAAAAGGAGGAAAAAAAAGAAGAUCCUUGGACGUGAGCUGUCCCAGCUGAAACAAUGGACUUUUGCCAGACAGAACGCCUGCACCAUUUUGUCUGUUUUUGUUGAUAUUAUUUCUUGGGGCCAUAUUUGCACUGACAGUUUGUUUAAUGAUUAUUCUGCUGGGUUGUGCUUUUCCAGGGCCAAUGCAGACCUCAGGUACAUACAAUCUGAAACGCCCUCGACUUUACAACCUCAAUCACUGUUUGACUUUGGACUUCUACCUUCUUCAAGAGGACUCUUGUGCCAAACUCCUGCUUCAAUGUGCAGGAGUUUCACUUUGAGGAAGCAUGCUGAGAGUAAAAAGCAGAAGAAAAGUCUCUCAAUAAUGUGUAUAAUCUCUGGAUUUUUAAUCUUAGUACUCUGUGACAAGUCACCCUGCCCCAUUCCUCCCAGCCAGACAAUCAAUGGAGAAUGUCUACGUCCCUGUAUCUGCAGUAUCUCUGUGUCUACGUCUUCCAUCGCAGCAAGAUGUUAUAUAACUGUCCAUGGCAGAAGAAAAAGAGAUAGAACUGGGUGGGAGUGAUUUAAAAAAAGAAGAAAAAAAAAUCUUGCUUUAGAAAAUACACUACGCACGCUCUUAUGAUUGAGGUUCUUACUUUUUAUAUGAGUUACUGUAAUUAAAAAAAGAAUGCUA